AUGAGGCUACCAACAACCGAAGAUACUAGGAGGCUAUUGGAUCAGAACGAAGCUCGUGGUUUUCCAGGAAUGCUUGGGAGCCUCGAUUGCACCCAUUGGGAGUGGAGGUUAUGUCCCACCGAAGAAGCAGGCCGACACGUGGGACACGUUAAGAAACCAAAUCUUGUUUUACAGGCAGUUGUUUCAUACGAUAGAUGGUUCUGGCACUGUUAUUUUGGCGAGACGGGGGCCGACAACGACCUGAAUGUGUUUGCGCAGUCGAGAUUAUUUGAUAGGAACAAUGAUGCCUUAGCCCCUCCUUGCAAUUUUAGCAUCAACGGUCACGAGUACGAGCAUGAAUACUAUUUGGUGGACGACAUCUACAAUGAAAUGCCGGGGGUGGUCCAUAGCUAUAAGAGACGCGAGAUUAUGCUGCUGGUCCAUAAGAAAUUUAAUGAAUACCACCACGCAAAGAGGAAGGGCGUGGAGCGUGUUUUUGGUGGUCUUAAGUCCAAAUGGGGUAUAAUUAGGAAUCCUUGUCGUUACUAG